CGUCAUUUCGUCAGAACUAUUGGUGAUAACGGAUGUCAAGCCUUGGAAUAGAUGGUGAAGACCAGUCUCAUAAGGUAGUUAUGGAGUAAGCUGUAAGUAUGCCAAGCGAAGGAACUGCUCCCCAGACAGCUGUCACAUUCCCUCUAAACACCCCUUGUCCCUAUUACAUGCGGGUCUACUUGUUCAUGUGCAUUGACUUUCUUUUUUUUCCGCAGUUUAUACUUCCUGCUCAACGCUUCCCUCGUCGUCGUCGACUGUUACGAUUCGCUACCAAACCAUCCAUACAUUCUUACCAUCCAUCAAACAAAGACCAUCGACCCUUCUCUGACGCUAUCCUUGAGUCAUCACCAGCAGCUAAUGAUGAAAAGUCUGGGGGAUCUCGAGCUUACAAUGUUAUGGCAACAAGGAUUUCAUUGAGAAAGCUUUAUGGCCGAAAUCAAUAGUCAGAAGAAGAAGAAAAAGUGGGAAAGAAAAGAGAUAUUGAAGUGAGUUGCAGAUGGAAAUUUUGUGUGAGACGAAGAACCGCACGCGAACCACCAUCUGUAUGAGCAUUAAAUACCGUAUUGUAAAUCUGUCCGACACCAUAGAAGCUGGAAAGAUUACCACGAAAGAUCAGUAGAAAAGAAAAACAAGGGCAGUCUGAUGGGAAGAGAUAGGAA